AACAGUUUUAGGGUUGCCGCUCUCUCCGAGUCUCGGGUUGACGACGACAUUCGAGCGCAGAAGUCGAUAUUCGAGCGCAUCUGUGUGUCUACACCAUCAACAGCGACAAAUCGCCAUAACACGAUGCCUCGAGUCGCCCAGGGCCCGCGCAGAAGCGGGAGCAGAAAUGUUUCGGGAUCACUGCUCGGCUCGCCAUUCAAAUCACCAAUAAAGAUUCCAUUAAAUGAUGACGCCCAAGAAAAAGCCGAGCGCUCAUACGGCCGCAAAGCCGCCUAUGAAGCCCAGAUUAACCAGCUCAAGGCGGCUGCGACGAGCACACCCCGCAGGUCAAGCUCAAACCUCAACGACCUAGAUCACGGCGGAUCGCCCAGCUCCAACCCUCGCACACCACGGCAACGUCGGAGUAAUGUCAUGGUUUUGGACGAAGACGAGCAGCUUGUGGUGGGCGGCAGGGCCGUUACGCCGCUCAAGAGGGUGCCCAUUCUGGCCAACUUUGAGGAGUGGAUGAAGAUGGCCACCGACAACAAGAUCAACGCCGCCAACUCGUGGAACUUUGCCCUGAUCGACUACUUUCACGACAUGUCGCUGCUCAAGGAGGGUGACGGCGUCAAUUUCCAAAAGGCCAGCUGCACCCUCGACGGCUGCGUCAAGAUCUACACGAGCAGAGUCGACAGCGUUGCCACCGAGACGGGGAAGCUGCUCAGCGGCCUGGCUGACAGCCGCGACAGCAAGAAGAGGGAUCGUGAGGGUGACGAGGAUGACGAGGAAGAAGAGGAAGUGGACGAGGACGGCAACGUGCGGAAGAAGCCCAAGAAGAAGGCCCAAAGGUCAUCAGAAGCUACUUUAGCGCCAUCGUUUGCAUCCCUGCAACUGAAGAAGCUCGAACUAGAGUUCGCCGUCGACCCUCUCUUCAAGAAGGCCUCUGCAGACUUUGACGAGGGCGGCGCAAAGGGACUUUUGCUGAACCAUCUGAUGAUUGACUCUCAGGGCCGCAUCGUCUUUGAUAGCAGCGACGACGCGGCUGACGCAGCCGAGGCUGCUUCCAAGUCGCGCCGGGGAGGCGACGGUGAGGAUCUAGAUGCCAUGGACAUUGAUAGCGAUGAUAUGCCCCAAGACCGUGAGGAGACGCCUACGCCCGAGGCAGUAGAAGAGGAUGAGGAUGUCGAGAUUGACGUCGCCGGACUUGGAGCGAGAUUUUUCCCGGACUUGAGUCGCCUAGACAGCAUGGAUGUGUGUCCGUCUCUCAAGACCUUCGACCUCGGCGACCCGUCAGGCUCCCUGGAUAUCCCGUUUCUGCGGGCACCGGACGAUUGGCGCCAAGACCAGGACAAGGAGAAGACCCCUGGCGCGGACGGCAUUGGUGACAAGUCUGGUAUGUUCAUUGACGAGGAGAACCCGCUAGGGUUUGAGGACGAUGAUGGACUUGGGACCUUUGACUUGGGUGCCGAUGUCGACUUUGGCGAAGGCGGCGAGGCCUGGGCGCGUCAGGCUGCCAAGGACCCGCAGAUGAUACGCCCUUUUGAUGUCGGUCUGGGGUUAGGGGAUGGCGCAGGUACGGAAGGAGGAGACGACGGGGUUGACAUGAUGGACGUUGCGAACGGCGACUUUAUGGUAUCCAUGACACAUGCCCAAAAGGCCGACAAAAUGCACGAGGAUAUCCUCGGCUAUUUCGACCAGGCCCUUCAAAAGAACUGGACGAGUGCCGAGCACUGGAGGAUACGAAAGAUCAAGGACGUCAACAAGCCGACAGAGCCUACAAGACAACGCAAAGAGAAGCAGCCGUUCGAAAUCGACUUUGCGUCACCACUCGACCCGGCAGUCGCCGAGCUGAUUUACACUCAAGCCUCGAGUAAUUCAGCCAUCUCCAUGCCGAAGAAGGACUGGAAGUCCAAGUCGCGCAACCUCCUUCCCGACGACAAGCACUUCAGCUCCAAACAACUCCUAAACCUAUUCCUCAAGCCCAAGGCCCGCAUGGGGCGGCGGCGCAUGCUCGGCGGGGGCAGCCGGAUAGGCAAUAUGGACAACCAGCACCAGAACGACGUCGCCGAAGGCUUGAUGGACGAGGCCUUUUGGGCGUCACAAAAGCCGCCACAGCUUCACCCGGAUGACGGCGCCCCCGGACCCGACGACGACUCCACCCUGCCCCAGGGCGACUAUGACGCCAACUUCUUCCAAGACGACGGUUUACCCUUCCCCGGCGGCGGUGGUGGUGGUGGCGACGACGACGACGACAUGGACGAGUUUGCCGACGCGCGAGAGCACUUCUCGCCCGAGGCCGGCGGCGGACUGGGACCGGGCGGCAUAAUGAUGACCGACAUCGGCAUGACGGGCGCCUUCAACGGCCUGACGGUGACCAACCCGCACGACCUGGCGUUCGGGACCAUGCUCAUCACGCAGAACCGGCGCGUCAGGCCCGAGUACGUGCAGUACGCGCGCGUCGCGAAAAAGGUGGACGUCAGGCGGUUGAAGGAGGAGAUUUGGAAGGGGAUGGGGAUGGAUAAGUUGGAUGGCCCUGCACCUGCGCCGGAACAAGCAGCAGCAGCAGCAGAAGAAGAAGAGACAACAGGUGCAUCGACAGAACAGAAACAACAAGAGCAAGACCCCGUCCUCAAGUUCACCGACGUCAUGAACGGCCUGCAGCGCGUCUACCCGAAGCAGGUCAUGAACGACAUCUCUACCAGCUACUGCUUCAUCUGCCUGCUGCAUCUGGCCAACGAGAAGGGCCUGGUGAUUGAAAAGACGCCCGAGCUGGACGAGCUGCACAUUCGGAAGGACUGGUCGGCCGAGAUUGUGGAUGGGGGGGCUUGAUCGAGAUCUGCUUCCUUUUCUAUCCCCUGACUAUUUCCCUUUUUCUCUAUGUUCGGGAUAUAGAAGCCGCCUAUGUCGAGCUGGUGUUGGCUACCUUAUGUAUGCUCCCUUUUGUUUUCUUCUCUGGUCGGGAGUUGAUGAGCGAUGCGAACGGAAACACGUAUACAACGCAGCGUGAAUGAGGGUUGGUUCUUGUGAUGGGUGUAUUUGGUGCGUCUACGAUUAAUGAUACAUGCAUCGCCGUCUUGGCUUAUGUUGAAAAUUCUUCUCCGUCAUGAAGAUGGGGCGUACUUAGUAGACCU